AUGUCAAGGCAAUAUCCGGCGGCCGCGCUUGGAAGACAGCUUGACAUCGAGGAGCUUGUCAGCCUAUCAGACUGCCGCUAUUAUCAGACACCUUGUUGGCACACCGGUCUCCACAUUCAUGAACAAGCCGUCAAUGUAUUCCAGAGAGCCGCGAAUCACGAGUCUCCUCGGCCAAGUUGCUACGUUGUUGUCUUUGAUGGCGAUCUUCGCCGCAUUCGCUGCAUUGCGCCCGACGCAGAUCCAUGUCCAGGUCAGGAUUGGUUGAGUCCUGCCCUGUCGCUCUUGGACAUUGCCAUAGUCUCAGGAGAUGCACCCAAGGCUGCUAUCCUGCACAGCAUCGGUGUUCCACGUCGUGGCUUUAUCCAUCCCUGUGAGUUGUGUGACCCCAACACGGGGAAGGCAAACAGUCAGACGACGAGGGCUGUGAUGAUAGCUUAUCAGCUUCACAAACCCCUGUUCCGCGGACUCUGUGCGGAUGACUUGUUUCUUGGGCGUGCCAUUGCUGGUGGGCAGAACUCUGUGUCGGCUUUGCUGAUCAGUUGCGGAGUCAGCGAGGCGGCCAAGCAUACAUGCGGAGUCCUUCUUUUUCACCUCUUCCCCAUGCCCAUGGCAUUUCGCCAGAACUUUCAGCUCGCGUUAAGGAUGGACAUGAUGGACCGUCUUCUGCAUGCAGUUGAUCUCGGCCUAGAUAUACGUUCCCUGGUCGUUGAUCCCUGUCGUGUAUUGCUUUAUGCAUGCAUGCAUCGUCGAUUCCACAAAUGCCGAAACACAAUGCUCUGCCAAUACUUUCGUUCGGUGUUUCACUUGUUGGAGCGGGGCGAUCCGACUGCGAGGCCCAUGAAAUGGAGAGAUGGUCAGACAUUACUUGAGAUGACCAUCCGCUGUGGCCAGCUUGAUGCGACCGAGUAUUUGAUCCAUGCACAUUGCGAGGCGACUGGCCUGAUGGCAGGCGAUUUGACAGGACCCAUGUUCCGUGAAACAUUCGCAACACACCUGACAGGCCAGUCGGGCGAAAGGACCAUCAACAGGAAUGUCCGAGCUGCGGAGGCAGCACGCUUGGCCUAUCACUUGUGCAGGCAUCGGUAUCAGGUCGUCAUUGUCCAGCUCACACGGUGGUGGUCGCGCAGGGGUGGAAAGGUUUGCGUGGAUUUCAGCGGGGUGAUCGACCACAUCGCUGCUUUUGCUCUUGCGGUGCCUGCUUUGCCGGAGAUUCUGAACAUGCCUCGACCGGUGGGAACUCGCCGUGCAGCGAAGCGAGCUGCCUACCGUCGUCGACGUGCUGGGUUACCCGCUAGCACCGGCCAGCAGAUUGCGAAGUCCAGUGAGAGUUGGAUUGAUCCCAGCGUGCAAGUCAACGGCUCUGACGAACGGGUUGGCCCGGAGGUGAUUCAGGAAGUGGUGCACGAUUCCCAGGAGGUCGCCGCCACGAUUUCUGAGGAUGUGGCCGCGGCCACUUCGCAUGCCCUGUGGGAGUCUGCCGUUGAACUGAGGGAGCUUGCUUGUGGUGCAGCGCUCCAGCCUUCUCGCCUCUGGCUUGAGUCAGAGGGGCUUCCAUGGAAGCUGCCAAGCGGGGCAUUGAUGUUCGUGAGCCCCUCACAGCACGAAGAUGCGGUAACUGCGCUUGCCGAUGAGCAGCUCUGCCCCGAUCACAUCAUCUUUGCAGAGUCUUUGGAGUACUUGAUUUGCGAGGUGCUCGAAAAGCACUGGAUCUGGAUCAAGGACCGGAACGAAAUCGCCAUGCAUGACAUCGGAGUACGUUCUGACUCUGGGGCUGAAGCCGGAGAUCGGGAAAGUGAUGCAGAGCGAAGACGGCAGGCAUUCCUUGCAGAUUAUGGUUCGGAAUGGGAUCACUAUUCGCUCAUCGACAGAACUUUCCUCUGCCUGGCUCCUGUGAGAAGCUCCCGCAUGGUCACGGCAUCGACCACUGAUGCACGCGAUCCGAAAGCUAAUCCAAGACGUGUCGAGGCUUCGGAGCCUUAG